AUUACGGCUCCUGCCUGUAGCUUCGGCGGGAUCGGGAAGUGUCAAGCGGGAGCCGGGUGUCCCCGCCUUCGCCGCUCCCGCCGCCGAACUCGGGGACCCUUCCCCAGGCCGGGCCCAGCCGCCAUGACUAACGUAUACUCCUUGGAUGGGAUUCUGGUGUUUGGUUUGCUCUUUGUUUGCACCUGUGCCUACUUCAAGAAAGUACCUCGUCUCAAAACCUGGCUGUUAUCAGAGAAGAAAGGAGUUUGGGGUGUGUUUUACAAAGCUGCUGUGAUUGGAACCAGGCUGCAUGCUGCAGUGGCAAUAGCCUGCAUUGUAAUGGCCUUCUACGUCCUGUUUAUAAAAUGAAUUCAAAAGUAUUCAACUCACCAACUGCCAACCAAGGGGAUGGGAGUGAAGAACCUGUCAAAGGCCUGGACCCAGUGUGGGCAAGUUCUGCUAAAAUCAAUGUCCCCAAGAUGACACCAUAGCAUCUGCCCCUGCCAUAUCUGGGCAAAAUUCUCCAUGGUUACAGACAUUAUUUAUGAUUCAGGGGACCGGAAAGCCAACUUCCUUUGAUCUGUGUGUAAGUCAGUCCUCAGAGGCAAGGAUAUAGUGUCCAGAUAAAUUAUACCCCCUGGUGAUAAUAUUAUAUAUAUCCUUCCUGGUUAAAUACUUGUCACUCUACUGGUUGUAUCUCUGUGGCAGAGCAUUGACCCAGCAUACUCAAGGUCUUCGGUUCUAUCCCUAGUAUUGCAAAAAGAAAACUGAGGCUCAUUACAGAAGGACAUAGGCUGUGUUCAGGCUUCUUGAAAGGAGAGAUUAUUUUCAAGACUUGACUUUUCCACUUGAUGGCUUGGAUUUGGCAAUUCUCUUUUUGGUCUCAUUGCAUAAAGAGAAUAGAUGAAGCACUUUACCAUAUGGUCAUAGCUUGAGAGUUUCGCUGAGAGAAUCUGAGUGUACCUGAAAUUUGGGAAUUAUCUAUCUGUAAGGAGACUAGAAAGCAGUGACUGAGAAAACAUUUUCUGUUUAACAGUAUCCCUGAAAGACUUAAUCAAAUGGUAUAUAGAAAAAUGAAUCAACUUCAUUUCCUUAAAGCUUUUUUAUAUUUUCUAAAUUACUUAGUGCUAAAUACUAUAACUCAGUUUUAAAUUCAACCAUCAAAGGAAGAAGAAACUAUUGAAAAUAUAAUAUAUUUGCAGUUAUGGUAGAAGUGAGUUAGUAUAUCGAUUCAUAUACUAGUACAUUCAUCUAGUAUAAGAAUUUAUUGUGAUCAUAGAUGGAAUUCUAAUGUUAUAAAAUAUACAAGGUUAUUCUUUAAGUCUGGGUUAUGGCAAUUUUUUGGUUGACUACUUGUUUCUCUUGGCCAACUCUUAAUCACACUGCAGUAUUUUUUUUCAUUGUUAGGAAAUUCUGUUUAUGGAAGAAUGUGAGAAAUUCAAAUGAAACAAGUUGUUGAUGUUUAUUGGCAUGUUUGAACAGUUCACAGAAUCCAUAUUUUCUGAAAUAGGAAAGGAAAAUAAAGCUUUGUAAUUGGGAAUGAAGAGUUUUUCAUGGUAUACCAUAACUCCUGACUGAAUCAUUUUCGAUGACUCAGAAAAAAAGGGAACACUUCAUUCCCUCCUCUUUAUGUCUGCAAAAGUAUCAACUGUUGGAUUUGUGACACCUAGAACUUCUCUAGUUACGAAAAAAAGGACUAAAAUUAUUAUAAUAAGUAAAUAUAGACAUUGAUGUUCCAGUUCAGUUGUCCAUUACAAUAAAAUUUAACUGUAGACAAGUUAGCUGUGAUUGGUCUUGUAUGGCAAUAAAUUACCUUCUGUCUUUUUAUUCCAAAAGAAUAAAAGCUGCUUUGAAGUUUAGGUUCAGAAAUGCAGCUUAAUGCUUAUGAGGGUUUCUAAAAGUAUAAUAAGCCAUUAAGUGUCUAAUCAUCUCAGAGUUGGGGCUAUUGCCUCUUCAAGAAUUAGUCCAUUGGGUAAAUUUCAACUAUUCAUAUUUUUUCCAUGGCCAUUUCUAAGAAUCUUUUGCAUGAGAGAAAAGAAAUCUAUUGGAACAGGAAGGAAGAAUUAACACCUUGUGGGUGUGAGUUUGGGACUUGUUUGCCAUUGGAAUCUCAGUCCCUGGAAACAAGUUCAGCAUGUUUUGCACUUGUUAUUUUGUAGCUUUAAUGACUUGUUUUCUAAUAGAGCUAAAGUCUCUUUUAAGUUUACUGCUUGGUGCUGCUUCAUAUUUUAAACUAGUUUCAUUCUACAGUCCUAGUUAAAAGCAAUUUUUGCAGUUUCUUUGUUGGGUCACCUUGUCCUCAGCUCUUGAGUUGUUAAAUUUUUUGAGAAGUUUUAAUACCAGAAUGUACCAAAAAGUGCACAAUGUGCAGGUAAUUUAUAGCAAGAAGCAGAUACACAGCCUAUUUCAUUUCUUAACUGUAUGUUAGCAGGUACAUAGAAACUUGCUUAACGCAUUACUUUGGUUGGUGUUUUUGGCUGAAAACAAUAACUUGUUCCUCAGGAGGAGUGUUUUAGGGGUAGAAAUAUGAGGAUAGCAAUAUUGCCUCAAAUUCAAACUGGCAUUACCAUAAGCAUCAUGUACCAGGGUGUAAUGAAGUCAGCUUUUUUAUAGUUGAAAUACAGUUUUUUAAGUUCACCAUUGUCUGCACAAAUCCUUGAGAAUAAAGCCUUUUUCCCUACA